AUGGAAUCCUGUCAGCUUUUGGACUCAAAAGUUGCAGUUGGCUUCAAUUGCUCAGAAUCAACUUUAGGCUCAGAAGGAUAUGCUUCUCCCAAUUCUACAUUUUCUUGUUUGACUUCAAAGCUCGCCAGAUUCGGUAGUUUCAACCUGGAACUAGAGUCUUUGGCCGACUUACAACUUGAUGGAGACUUGAGUACUACGUUUUCCAAUUUUUGGGGAGUUAUUCCCAAUUUGAAGACCCCUCAAGAGAUCCUUGACGAGUUGUGUCGCGGGUUCUUCGAUACUCUUGACGGCUGCAAAAUCUUCGGUGAACAUUCUUCAAACGACAGCUCCAAAGGGGUUUUUAUUGGGAAAGAAGAAAAGGCCAAGACAGUGCUGAAAGAGGCCACUAAUGUCGUGAAAGAGUACAAUUCAAUUGAAGACAGUGAUCUGUUGGUGAAUAUUUGUCUAAACUUAAACACCAGCCAAUUACACAAAUUGCAAAAUUUAUCCCAAGGAUUUAAUGAAACACAAAGACUCUGUAAUAUAAGAAGACCCCGUUAUAUCAGAAAUAGUUUAAACCAUUUGAUUACCAAGUUGCAACUCUAUGAAAAAAAUCCCAAAUUUUCAAUUGAAAAUCCGUUUCAAUAUGAAUUCACCCGAGUAGAACGUUCCAAAAAAACUUUAUGUCCAAUAAAUUCUUCCAGAGAAGGAUUAUGUCCCUAUUGUCCGGGGUUAUGCUUUUUCAAACUUCGAGAUCACCUCAAUCAUAAUCAUUACUCAGAACAUCUCGCUAAUGUACACGGAGUUUUCGCUGACAACUACUUGACUCCAAACCCCUAUGGCCACGGUAAGUAUAGGCAGUUCUUGAAACAGUCCAAGUAUGAUAGCAUCGAAACAGACCCAUACGUUGCGGUUUCAUGUCCAGUUUGUUGCCAGUUGAUUGAGAUUACCGAUGACAGCCUAGAUCCUUAUAUGAUGCAUUUUAGAAUAAAACAUCGGGUAUCUAAAUUGAAAAAUUUGGAUUCGAUUAGAUUUUACAAAGGCAUGCUUAAGCUUGAUGAAGCUUCCGAAGAGGAUCGAAAGUUAUUUCAUUUUGAUUAA